AUCACAUCGCGGAAGUUCCAUCGUUAAAACAAAAUUUGCAAGUCCAGGAAGUGACGUUGACUUCGCGCAUGCGUGGACCGACCGUGUCGUGACACUGACUUCCGCAUGAGCCACAAUCCACCAUGGCGGAAUCCGAAUCCAAAAAAGUCAUCAAGUUAGUUCCCGAGUAUCUCCUGAAGAAGAGGAAGGCAUACCAGGCCAUUAAAGCAAACCAAGCCAAGCUCGCACUACUUCACAAGAAAAGAGUUUCUAAAGGCAAGCCCAUAAAGUUCAAGCGACUAGAAGACUUCUUGAAGGACAGCCAUAAGAAACAUCGUGAUGAAAAUCGCUUAAGGCGACUCUGUCACAAACCACCCAUCCGACUACCUGAAAAACACAAAUUAGCUUUUGCUGUACGCAUUAGAGAAAUCAAAGGCGUCAGUUCCAAAGUGAUGAAGGUGAUCCAGAUGUUGAGGCUGAGGAAAAUCUUCAGCGGGGCCUUUGUGAAAAUCAGCGAGACGUCUCUGACCAUGUUGCGGGUUGUUGAGCCAUACGUGGCCUGGGGAUAUCCCAACCUCAAGUCCGUUCGUGAGCUCAUUCUGAGGAGGGGACGGACCAGGAUUGGCAGGAAGGUGGUUCCUUUAACAGAUAACACCUUAAUUGAGGAACACAUGGGCAAAAAUGGCAUCAUAUGUUUGGAGGACUUGAUCCAUGAGAUCUACUCGGUCGGACGGGGCUUCCGGCAAGCCAACAAUUUCCUAAAGCCUUUCAAGCUGUCAGUGGCCCGUCAUGCUGCCAAGGACAAGGCCGGGCUACUCAAGGACCUGGGAAACCCUGGGUUUCGUGGCACGGACAUUAACACCAUCAUCAGGCAGCUGAACUGAGCAAGAAUCCAGCAGGACAUUGAACAGCAGCCUAACACCUUGUUGAGGUGUUCUAUCGGUUUAAGGUCAGGACUCUGUGCAGGCCAGUCAAGUUCAUCCACACCAGACUCUGUCAUCCAUGUCUUUAAGGACCUUGCUCUGUGCACUGGUGCACAGUCGUGUUGGAAGAGGAAGAGGCCCGCUCCAAACUGUUCCAGC